AAAUAUCAUUACCCCCAAAUAAUCAAUUUAGGCCGAUCAAGAUUGAACUCGCACGGCACCACCCGCCUGGCUGCCGCCAUCUCCAGCCGUAAUUGGAGAGAAAAAGGGGAAGUGAGAGAUAUCGAGGGAUGUUAGUUGGGAUCGCAAAACAAGUUCAAGAUUAAGCUCUUCCUUCAUUUUUGAGGACAAUUUAUUAAUACAGAAAUCUUGCGAGCUCAAAAGGAGUUUUUCUUCAUCUGAUAAAAGGGAUGUCGCAGAAAUUCUCUGCCACACUCAGAAUUGGGGAUUUGAAUGAUUACAUAGCUCCCUCACAGGGCUGUGUAGUUUCCCUCAAAGCUAAUUCUAAUAGAAUCAACAAAUCCGAGAAUGUGGGAAAAGCUGGAGCUUUGAGCAAACCAGUACAAACAGAACCCGUCAAAAUUUCUCUCAAAGAUUGCUUGGCUUGCAGUGGGUGCAUUACAUCAGCAGAAACAGUCAUGCUUGAGAAGCAGAGCUUAGAUGAGUUCCUUUCCAAUUUGGAAAAGGGAAGGACGGUUAUUGUCUCUCUCUCCCCCCAGUCUAGGGCCGCUCUCGCUGUUCAUUAUGGACUUUCUUCACUUCAGGUUUUCAGGAAGCUCACAACACUUUUUAAGUCUCUGGGUGUGAAAGCUAUAUUUGAUACCAGCUGCAGUAGAGACUUGACCCUAAUAGAAUCUUGUAACGAGUUUAUGGUGCGAUAUAAGCAAUCCCAAUGUACUAGUAGUGGUGAGUCAAAGCCACCUUUACCUAUGAUUUCUUCCGCAUGUCCAGGUUGGAUAUGUUAUGCUGAGAAGACCCUUGGUUCUUACAUUCUUCCAUACAUUUCUUCAGUCAAGAGCCCCCAACAAACUAUUGGUGCAGUCGUCAAGAAUUUUAUAUGGCCAAAGCUAAGUGUAAGACCAGAAGAUAUAUACCAUGUGACUGUAAUGCCAUGUUAUGACAAGAAGCUCGAGGCUGCUCGUGAGGAUUUUGUGUUUCAAGUGGAUACAGAUAGUGAAAAAAUUACGGAGGUUGAUUCAGUUUUGACAACAGGAGAGGUUUUGGAUUUGAUACAGUUAAAAGCAGUUGAUUUUCAAUCCUUGGAAGAGUCCCCCCUAGAUAAAUUGUUCACAAAUAUUGAUGAGGAGGGCCAUCUUUAUGGCGUUCAUGGAAGCUCUGGAGGAUAUGCAGAGACCAUUUAUCGUCAUGUUGCAAAAGUGCUUUUAGGUCAAGAAGUUGAAGGGCCUUUAGCAUUCAAGACUAUAAGGAAUUCUGAUUUCCAAGAAGUGAGCCUAGAAGUGAAUGAUAAAUCUGUCCUGAAAUUUGCAUUAUGUUAUGGUUUCCGGAACCUGCAGAAUGUUGUUAGGAAAUUGAAAAUGGGGAAGUGCGACUACCAUUUCUUGGAGAUCAUGGCAUGCCCUUCAGGAUGCUUAAAUGGCGGCGGACAAAUAAAGCCACAACCUGGGCAGUCGGGGAAAGAGUUGAUUCAGCUGUUGGAGACGGCUUAUGUAGAAAAUGUUGUGGUUGCUGAUCCUUUCAACAAUCCCAUCAUAAAGGGACUAUACAGUGAGUGGCUUGAACAGCCUGGUUCAGAGAAAGCAAAGAGGUACCUGCAUACUGAAUAUCAUCCUGUAGUGAAAAGUAUCACUUCGCAGUUGCAGAACUGGUGAGGGAUGCAAAAUAUCAGCUUUUAACUGAUUGGCUAAGUUCCAACUGUUCCCUUCUGGUGUUUUUCUGCAAGAGCUUCCCAAUCGGGUUUUGAUAUUACACUGAAUUAUUCACGAUCUAUGUUCAUGAGUCUGCACCAUAAUUUUGGGAGUCCAAUUUUGGUAGUGAAAGUGUUCACCCCAUACUGUAAAUAUUUUGUCUUGCAAAUUACACAGUAGUCUAGGUUGCAAAACAUUGUUCCCCAUCUGGAUUGGAGUAGUAGUGCUGUACGUUUCAUAUCCCACAACCCCUGAUCUUUAUUUAUUUGGCCACUUAGUUUGUAUUCGUUAGAAGUGUGACACAACUUUUUAUAUGCCAAUAGUAAAUAUCACCAGAA